ACAACAGGAGGAAAACAACAGAACUGGGUUGCAUUCAGGAGCUUCAGGUCAUGUAGUGUGAAGGGGGGAGUGUCCUGCACUAAGGGGCGUGAAAUGUUCGUUAUACACGACCUGGCGUCUGGGAUUCACGCUGUUAGUCUGCACAGACAGAAACGAUCCUCUCCCUCCGAAAAUGGCCCAGUCAAUUCUCGACAGUAUGCCCGGAGCCUCGACAGGAACCGUGGUCGUCACAGAUCCACUGAAUUUCUGGGGGGGCAAACGAGUCAAACCCAGGGAGGAGAAAAACGCAGAGCCCGUGUUUGAACCUGCGACUGGUCGUGUCUUGUGUCAGAUGAUACCCUGCGGGGCUGAGGAAGUGGAUGAGGCCAUAAAGAGCGCCCACACUGCCUACCUCAAAUGGAGCAAGAUGGCAGGCAUGGAGAGGGCUCGGGUGAUGCUAGAGGCCGCCCGUAUCAUCAGGGAAAGAAGGGAGAAGAUUGCAAAGCUGGAAGUGAUCAACAAUGGCAAGUCCAUCACUGAAGCACUGGUGGAUAUUGACAUUGCCUGGCAGUGCAUUGAAUACUAUGCUGGCCUGGCUGGUACGCUUUCAGGCCAGCACAUCCAGCUUCCUGGGGGAACAUUUGCUUACACCAGGAGGGAGCCCCUCGGUGUGUGUGUGGGAAUCGGUGCAUGGAACUACCCUUUCCAGAUUGCAUCAUGGAAGUCUGCUCCUGCUCUGGCAUGUGGUAAUGCCAUGGUAUUUAAGCCCUCACCAAUGACUCCUGUGACGGCCGUCAUUCUGGCUGAGAUCUACAAAGAGGCAGGGGUACCUGAUGGACUCUUUUGUGUGGUACAAGGUGGAGCAGAGACUGGCACUUUGCUCUGCCACCACCCGAUGGUCGCCAAAGUCUCCUUCACUGGCAGUGUGCCAACUGGCAAAAAGGUCAUGGAAAUGUCUUCAAAGGGGGUGAAGCAGGUGACUCUGGAACUUGGAGGGAAAUCUCCCCUUAUUAUUUUCAAAGACUGUGAGCUGGAGAAUGCAGUGAAGGGAGCACUCAUGGCGAACUUCCUGACACAGGGACAGGUUUGCUGCAAUGGGACCAGAGUAUAUGUGCAAAGAGAGAUCAUGCCCCAGUUCCUGGAGGAGGUGGUAAAGAGGACCAAGGCCAUCCCCGUGGGUGAUCCUCUGCUGGAUGGCACCCGAAUGGGAGCACUGAUCAGCAAGCCACAGUUGGAGAAAGUUCUGGGAUUUGUCAGUCAGGCCAAGAAAGAGGGUGGCAGAGUGCUUUGUGGAGGAGAGCCUUUUGUCCCUAGUGACCCCAAGCUAAAAGGGGGCUACUUCAUGUCACCCUGUGUACUUGACAACUGCAGAGAUGACAUGACCUGCGUGAAGGAGGAGAUUUUUGGCCCAGUCAUGUCUGUCAUGCCUUUUGACACAGAGGAGGAGGUAAUCCGGAGGGCCAACAACACUACCUUUGGACUGGCCUCUGGAGUCUUCACCAGGGACAUCUCUAGAGCCCAUCGUGUGGCUGAGAACCUGGAGGCAGGAACCUGUUUUAUCAACAACUACAACAUCAGCCCUGUGGAAGUGCCAUUUGGUGGAUACAAGAUGUCAGGCUUUGGGAGAGAGAAUGGCCAGGUGACAAUCGAGUACUACUCCCAGCUGAAGACUGUGGUUGUGGAAAUGGGAGACGUCGAGAGCCUCUUCUAAACUCCUCUCACCAACUUUAGAUUACAUUACCAGAACUGUGACUAAAACUCUAAACCUCUCCCUUGAGUCUUGUUAUGUGCACUAGAUAUGACCAGUUAUAGGGAGUACUCCCUUAGCACUUCCUCUGCCUGCAUUACUCCUACAUUCUUAGAAAGGAAUGUCAGUAUGAAACAAACAUGUAAGAACUGAAGAAACUGACCAUUUUUACUUCUUACCUAUUCACCUGUUCAGCAUUUUUUUUACUCAAUGAGUGAGCAUUGACCAAGUAUACUGUUUAAAAAGAACACAUGCUGCUGUGUAUGUACAAGUAGAACCAAGAGCCUUAAUUAGAAAUUCUGUGUGCAGUAAAUUGUGAAUCACUAUUACUUGAAAAUAGCUGGCUAGCACAUUUGGUGUCAGAUUUUAUACUGAAUGACAAACUUGGACACAAUAUUUGAUAACUACCCCCUUUGUAUCAAAAUAAAAUAUUUUGAUGAGAA